AUGUCUGGCCGUGGAAAGGGUGGAAAGGGUCUGGGAAAGGGCGGUGCGAAGCGUCACCGGAAGAUUCUCCGUGACAACAUUCAAGGCAUUACAAAGCCCGCCAUCCGUCGUCUCGCACGUCGUGGUGGUGUGAAGCGGAUCUCUGGCCUCAUCUACGAGGAGACCCGUGGUGUCCUCAAGAUAUUCUUGGAAAACGUCAUUCGCGAUUCCGUCACAUACACCGAGCACGCAAAGCGGAAAACUGUUACCGCACUCGACGUUGUCUAUGCCUUGAAGCGAUCGGGUCGUACCUUGUACGGUUUUGGUGCAUAG